AUGCAAUUUCGAGAUGUAACACUAUUCGUGUUAUUACUAACUAAUUACGUCUGUUGCUUAAGUAGUAAACGCUCAUUUUUUAUUCCUGAUUUUUUAGGAAGUGGAGAUGGCACACCAAAAUCAAAAACAGAGUCAGUCAUUGAAGAAAGGAUGGAGUAUGGUCGGAUGAUUCUUCUGGUGUGUAACAAAACAUGCGCAAAACAUCGAGCAGAUAUCCCACUCUGGCUAAAGGAGUUCAACCAGAAGAAAGGUUAUCAGGAUCCAGAAACGAUAACCUACUACUACCACACCUACAGACAACCAGUAUCAUUUAUCGAUGCUAAUGACACGAUAUCAUUCCCGAAUUUGAUUUAUUUCAUUGGAUUAAAGAAGGUCGUCUUUAAUGGAGAUGUUAAUAGUAAGGAGGCUGUCACAGAUUGGAUGUCUUCAGUGGACCAUUUGAACCUGAUAGAACCAAAAGUCUAUGGUGACUUGAACACAAUUUUAUCGGACACAUCUAACUGUUCCAUGAAGUACCUUUUGCUGGUAGAUCGACCAAAAUGCACGCAACAUUCUUGGUCAACAGUGGCAAGAAUUGCCCAGGACCUUGGCAUCCAGCCAGUCCGAAUCAAACUUCCUCUGGAUGGUCUCACCCAUGUUCUCCUCUACAAACGAAUGCCAUUCCUAGCCGAAACUUCUUGUCAUCUUUCAGUUCUCCUCUAUGAGAACAGCUAUUCGGAUUUUGGAGAUGACAUCAACCCAUUAAUCGUUUCCGAUUGGAUCAAAACAUUAUUGCCCGAAGAAGAAGGAAGUUGUCCAGCUCUUUUUGAAACGUAUUGGCAUCCGAUUGAAGACGAGCUAACUGAGUUGCAGCAAAUUUUCUUCUCGGCAGAACUGGAAAUUUCUGAACGAAAUAAGCGGCCAACGUUCAUUUUGGUUGGUUUGACCGGUGGGAUUGCAGUGAUUAUUCUAGCGUUUAGUAUAUUCUGGGGAUUGAAUGGUUCUGGUUUCAACCAAGUUUUUGAGUUUUUGAAAUUCAGAAAUUCAAGAAUGAACUCUUUUCGAAGGAUUAAGAUCAAUGAAACCUAA